AAUUGAUCAUUGGCGACGUCAGUGUUUAUAUUUUUGAUGAAUUUAUGAUUAUUCUACUUGGAUGAUAAUUUCAAGACUGGCACAUUCCCGUGCGGAAGAAGAAUACUUGAGAUAUAAGAGUAAUUGCGAGACUGCACGUUACUUGACAUGAGCAUGAUAAAUCACGCCUCGCUACAUAACCUAAAAAAAGAAGUAGAUGUCAUUGAGAACGGUGACAAUUCACCCGAGAGACGUCAUAUUGAGACAGGAGAGGGCACGGGCGAGUGGGGACAAAACAAUGUCAGUUACUGUGAGGAAAUUAUCAUCUGCGAUACGUUGCCAGAUGAUAUUGACAAUGAGAAUUGUCAAAUUUCAAAUGAAAUCGAAUGCCUCGAUCCAUUGCAGAUCCCAACCGAGCUUGAAGUUCCGCCGAUGGUGUUGAUAGAAGGAAACGUGCCCGGAACCGUUAAGUAUGUUUGGUCUGGUCACAUCUACUCGAGGGAAGGAGAUUCACAAUCGUUUGUUUGUUCAAAUAGACAAGUCAAUCAAUGCAAAGGCAGAGUUAUAGUGAGAAAUGGUCAUGCUGACGAAAUUGAACCACAUAAGCAUCAGAGAAUCAUGAGCAAAAUUUUCGGGGCCGAAAUAGCAAAGAAAUCAAUGCUCAGGAGGGCACAAACUGAACCUUCGGUCAGUCUCCGCGACAUUUAUGACGACGCUUACAAGAAAACGCCUGGGCUGAGCUCGAUUUACAACUGCGAUACCAUGAUGAGAUUGAUGAUGAAAGCCAGGUAUGGAAUGUACUCGACCGAUAAGCCGAUCCGUAAGCUGAACUUUGAUAUCGAAUGGGCAAAAGACUGGGCGGAGGUGGUGCCCGGACGAGUCCCAAAAAUAUUAUGCAGGAUAUGCCAAGAGUACAUUUUUUCUCCAACGUCAACUAAGAUGGUUCGGCAUCUUCAUACCAAGUUACACACCUUGAAUGGAAAGAUCUCCAAUGUUACAACAAAACAAAAGAGAAGCCGUCAAGAUGACUCGGACUCCACGGAUAACGACGAAAAAUCGAAAAGACCGAAGACCGCCGACAGUCUGGUAUUAGAAAAUGACUUAGUCGUCGUAGAGCCGCUGCAACAAAAACGCAAAGAAGAUACCAAAAUGGUGACCCAAAAAAUUUUAGAGAAUAAGCGCCAGGACGACGCUGCCCGCCCGUUUCGUUAUCCUGUAGUGAAGAAACAAGAGUGCGAUGACCGUCUGACGUUUGCACCAGAUCUCGUUGAGCUACCGCAACAGAAACGCAAAGAGGAUCUCAAAAACGCGGAUCGGAAAACAUUACAGAAAAAACACCAAGACGAUGCUGACCACCUAAGCAAUAAUGAGAAUUUGAAGAAACAGGAGAUUGUCGCUCGUUUGACGUUUCCAAAAGACUUCGUCGAGCAACCGAAACAGAAACGCGCGGAAAGUCCGAGAAACGUGAACGAAAAAAUUUUAGAAAAAAAGCGCUGUAACGAUACUAACGACCCGAUUAAUUACAAGAAAUUAGGGAGACAACAGAUCGUCAAUCACAUGGCAUUUGCAAAAGACUUCUUGGAGGAACAGCAACAGAAACGCGAGGAAAAUCUCAAAAACGUGGAGAAGAAAAUUUUAGAGAAAAAGUGGCAGGACGAUACUUAUUACCCGAUGACUUAUAAGCAAUUAGGGAGACAGCUGGUAGUCAAUCAUAUGGCGUUUGCAAAAAAUUUCAGAGAGCGAUCGCGAGAGAAACCUGAAGAAAAUUCGAAAAACGGGGAGCAGAAAAUUUUAGAGAAAAAGCGACGGAACGAUGCUUACAACCCGAUCAAUUGUGAGAAUGUUAGGAGACACGACAUCGUCAAUCAUAUGGCGUUUGCAAAAGAACUCGCAGAUCCACCGCAACAGAAACGUGAGGAAAAUCCCACAAACUGGGACAAGAAAAUUUUACAGCGACUUCUCGAAGGCGAUGCUGAUCGUCGGGUUAAUUAUGAGAAUUUGAGAACACAGGAAAUCGUCGAUCACCCGACAUUUACAAAUGAACUCGUAGAGCAACUGCCACAGAGACGCGAGAAAAAUCAGAAAAACGUGUACCAGAAAAUUUUAGAGAACAAGCGCCAAAACAAUGCUGAUGAGCCGAUUAAUUAUGAGAAUAUAAGGAGACAGGAGAUCGUCGAUCAUCCGACGUUUGCAAAAGAUCUCGUAGAUCCACCGCAACAGAAACAUGAGGAAAAUCCCAAAAGUGUGGAGAAGAAAAUAUCAGAGAAAAAGCAAGAAAACGAUACUGACUGCUGGAUAAAUGAUGAGAAAUCGAGACGGCAACAGAAACGUGAGGAAAGUCCCAAAAUCCAGGACCAGAAAAAUUUACGAAAAAAGUGCCAGGACGUCGCAACGUGUCCGAAUAUUUACGUGAAAUUGAGAAGACAGGACAUCGCUGACUAUUUGGCGUAUAAAAAGAAACUCACAGAGCAACCGCAGCAAGAACGCGAGGAAGAUCCAAAAGAAGUAAAGAAGGAAAUUUUAGAUGAAGAGCACCCUGACGAGGCUGACCACACGAAAAAUGAUGAGCAAUCAAAAGGACCGAACAUCAACGACUCGUCGGUGUCUGAAAAAAAUAUUAUAGAACCGCCGCAACAGACAAGCCAAGAAGAUCCCGAAAACGCAGACGAGAAAUUAUCGAUCGGGAGUGGCAUGCUGCAAUCCGUAUCGCGAAUCAGAGUUAAGACCGAAAAUAUUUUGGAACCUACGAUAUCCGAACAAGUUGAUCCGGACCAGAAUAUAUCGAUGGAGAGCAGCACGGCGCAAUCUAUGCCGCAGAUCACGAUCAAGACUGAAAAUAUUUCGAAACCUGCGCUGUCCGUACAAGUUUUUGAACCCAGUACAGGUCAGCCGUCAUCGGGGCUUGAGAUAACGUUGCACAUGUUGGGAAAUGGCGUCUGGAAUUUUAUUGACAAAAAGAAAACCGAUCGGUUUGGUAUAUGCAGUGAUUUGUCCUACGGUGAGAACGCAAACGUUGGUUUCUACAAAUUGAAUCUCGAUAUUUAUUCGUACUACACCGAACGAGGGCAAAAGUGUCUUUAUCCGUACAUCGAGAUACCUUUCGAAGUUGAAAAUGCCGAACAGUCGUUGGAUUUUCGUAUCCAGUCGAGUCCUUUUGCUUACAACGUUUGCGGAAAUUCAAAAAGUUGAGCUGCGGCGCAAAGAAUCUCAGAAUCUUGAAUCGCAUCGACAAGCAAAGCGCCCGUCUAUUCAGACAGUAUGUCUGUGAAUGAGGUGACAAUGCCAAUAAAUGAAAAAAGAAAACGAGCUUCCAAGACGAGUUUCAUUCUCAUUUGGCGAAUAGUUUGCGACCAUAUAGCUAUAUUUUGGGCAGGGUGGGGAUCUGGUCGCGGUCCAGAGACUAGAGACAACUAUAAAUAAAAAUUCUCUUGGCGUCGUGUAUCUGGGGUUGAGAUUUUGGAGAAAUCCAUGAGCCGGACAUUUUCAGAACAACAGUAACACGUCGCUGGCUGUGACUCGUUAGGUUUGAAAUCUGCGCAAUACUUGGAUAACUUUUUUUUUUUUUUUUUUAAUGCUAAUGAAAUUUUGAAUCCAUUCGAAUUUAUUACCAAGAUCCUGAAUUUCAUUUCAAUAUCAUUAGCUUAUCCGUUUGUCAAACCUUAAGCUCGGAAUCCGUCGUUUUACUAGGUAUGAAAAUUGACUGAACAAAAUAGGGUGAAAUUUUUCCAUGAUUUGUAGAUAAUAAUUUUUAUCAACGUCGACGUGUGGCGUCGAAACGUAGAUUUUAUUUUACUUUACGUAACGUUACCGUUGUCACGCGUAGCCGACAUUUGUUAGUAUACUAACACAGAAGUCUAUUUUAAUCGAUUAAUACGACUCGUGCGUGAGCCGUUGCUGACCGAUACAAAUAUAAACUUCCGUCCUGUACGAAAAAGCUUGCCCAGUUGUGAACGCGCAAAAGAAGCUCGUGUUAAUUUUUCUUACGGAUUUUACCCGACAUUAUACAAUAUACAAAUUGUGUUGAUUUUUCUUAAUUU